CACGGGUUUGAAAGCAUCAUUUUGCCGCAACAUUAGCCAGUCAUCUGUCGGAACCGGAACCACAGAGUUCGGGUGUGCACGCAGUUUCUGAUCCUCAUGGACGCGCAGCAGAGCCCCGUGGAGAUGAAGGAUGCUCCGCGGGAUGCAGCGGAUGCUGAGACCGAUGUGAGCGAGGCGGAACGGGAGAGGGAGCCCAUGACCGGGACCGGGGGGGCAGACGCCGAUGAGGGGGCUGCGUCUGACGGGCUGAUGGAGCCGCCGGCAGCGGAGGCGGAAAAGAACGGGACCGUGAAGCUGAAGGUCCUGGAGGAGGAUGAGGAGCAGACGAAGUUCACGGGGCUGAACAAGGAGGAGCUGCUGAGGGUGGCUGGGAGCCCGGGGUGGGUGAGGACCCGCUGGGCCCUCCUGUUGGUGUUCUGGAUCGGCUGGUUGGGGAUGCUGGUGGGGGCCGUCCUCAUCAUCCUGCGGGCCCCGGUCUGCAGGGAGCUGCCCCCCACCGACUGGUGGAACGAGGGCCCGCUGCUCCAGAUCAAGAACCUUCAAGCCUUCAGCGAAACCAGGGACCUGAAAGGUUUGGAGCAGAAAGUCAGCACCUUGUCGGGGCUGAAACUCAAAGGUCUGGUGAUCGGUCCGAUCCACGCCGCUCCGGCUGAUGAUCCAAUGAACCUGGAGUUCGAGGAGAUCUCUCCGGAGUUUGGGAACCUGGAGCAGUUCAACAGCCUCCUCCAGACGGCUCAUAGGAAAGGUGUUUUUGUGGUUUUAGAUUUGACUCCAAACUACCGGGGAUCUUCUGGACCCUGGUUCUCCAGCGCCAGUGUGACUAAUGUGGCAGAAAGACUGAAGUCUGCGCUCGUCUUCUGGCUCAGUGAAGGAGUGGACGGCAUCCAGCUGCCGGGGGUCGAGGAUUUGGCCCGCAUGGUUCCUUCCCUCUGGACUGACAUCCGGGCCAUCGUCCAAAACGGGACUGACAAGUAUCCCAACAAGAGAGUCCUGAUCGGAGUGACGGAGGCAUCCUCUGCUGAAACCGUGUCGGACCUUCUCUCCUCAACCGGAGUGGACCUGCUGCUCUCCGGCGUCCUCUCUGCCUCCGACCAGACUGAGCGUGCUCACAGCGUUCAGGUGCUGUAUUCCAACCACAGUCAGACCAAGCUGGCCUGGAGCCUGGAGGCCCCGCGGGACCUGAGCCGCGAUCUGGUCAAAGUGAACCAGCUGCUGCUGCUGACGCUCCCCGGGACGCCGGUGUUCAUCGGCGGAGACGGGAUUGGGCUGAAGGACGAGGACAUCAAGGUAGUCUGGGACUCUGAGACGGAGCUGAAUUCCUCUCUGCAGGGCGAGCGAGGCGAGCGCAGUUUUUUCCAGUCCAUCAGUGAACUGCGCGGAAAAGAGCGCUCCCUGCUCUUUGGGGACUUCUCCCUCCUCUUUAACUCUUCCUCCUCCCUGGCGUACCUGCGCUUCUGGGAUCAGAGCACCCGCUUCUUGGCUGCUUUCAACUGGGCGGCGGAGGAGGUGGAGCUCCAGCUGAGCGGGGCGGGGCUUCCACACCACGUCACAGUCGUCCGGAGCACCAACACCAGCGCUCUACCCGAAGAGAGCAGCGUGGACCUGCGGAAGCUGCGUCUGGGGUCCGGACAGGCCGCCCUCGUCCGGUUCCCCCAUGAUGGAUAAACGCCGACAGAGUCACGAGAAAGGUCACUGGAAAGGUUAAAUGCAUGAAGAUGUAAGCUGUGUGACUUCAGGAGAACACUUCCUGCCACCAUCAGCGUAACUUGAGUCAACCUUCAGUUGGGAUUCUGCUGAUUUGAACCAUUUCUUUAUUGAUCUGUGGCUCCUCCUCCUUUAAUGUUUUUUUUAAGUCAGUCAGAAAGCUGAUUCAGUCCAUGACAUGAUCCCACUGCCUCCAAAAUAACAUUCCCAACAUUCCUGAUCCAUGCCCAUCCAGGAAUCUCAGAUUUAUUUGAAAGUUUCUCUGCAUUGUUCCUCCUCUUCCUCCUCUUUUAAGAUCUGCAAUCUGAAAAACUGCCAUUUCUACAGAGAUGGAGCAGAAACUGGAAGUCUGACAGCAGCAGGAAACACUCAAACAACCCAUUUGCAGUGUCACCUUCUUUGGCUUUCGGCUGCUCCCCUUAGGGGUCGCCUCAGCCAAUCGUCUGCCUCCUUCUAACCGCACCCCCAGCAUCCUCUUCGCUCACACCAUCAUUUGGGAUUUGGCUUUGAUUUCAUGCAUUUAACCGGGUUUUGGACCUUCUGGUUGCAGAAUUUUCUGGUUCAUAAAGAUGAAAUAUUGUCAGUGGGUCAACUUCCAUGUGACUGAGCGGAAGAGUAUCUAUAUGUGAUGUGCUCACUGUUUGUGUUGUACAUUCAACAGAAAAAAUAAAAACAAAAGAUUUCAAGCAUAACUAAA